GGUCAUGAGGAAGUGCAUAGGGAAGAAGAGCUUCAGGAAGGAAUUUCUGGAGUGUUUUCCAUAAAGACCAGUGUUGAGGUGCGGUUAUCUGUCCUACCCUCCUCUUCUUCUUCCUCGGCCAGCCAUCAUGGUGGACUUUCUGGCAGAGAACAACCUGUGUGGACAGGCCAUCCUCCGGAUAGUUUCCAGAGGAAAUGCCAUCAUCGCAGAACUCUUGCGUCUCUCUGAUUUCAUCCCAACAGUGUUUAGGCUCAAAGACAAAAGCGACCAGCAGAAAUAUGGAGACAUCAUCUGUGACUUCAGCUACUUCAAGGGUCCUGAGUAUUAUGAGGGGAAGCUGGAGGCCAAACCUGAGCUCCAGGACUUGGAUGAGGAGUUCAGGGAAAACAACAUUGAAAUUCUGUCGAGGUUCUACCUGGCCUUUGAGAGUGUCCACAAAUAUAUAGUCGAUCUUAACAGAUAUUUGGAUGACCUAUAUGAGGGUGUUUAUAUUCAGCAGACCUUGGAGACUGUGCUUCUAAAUGAGGAUGGCAAGCAGCUCCUAUGUGAGGCUCUCUACCUGUACGGAGUCAUGCUGCUGGUUAUCGACCAGAAAAUCGAAGGCGAGGUCAGAGAGAGGAUGCUCGUGUCUUAUUAUAGAUACAGUGCCGCUCGUUCGUCGGUUGACUCCAACUUGGAUGACAUCUGCAAGCUCCUGCGCAGCACCGGCUACUCCAGCCAGCCCGGAGCCAAACGGCCUGCCAACUACCCAGAGAGCUACUUCCAGAGAGUUCCCAUCAGCACCACCUUCAUCAGCAUGGUGAUCGGGCGGCUGCGCUCUGACGACAUCUACAACCAAGUUUCUGCUUAUCCUCUGCCAGAGCAUCGUAGCACAGCGCUGGCUAACCAGGCAGCCAUGCUCUACGUCUGUCUGUACUUCAGCCCCUCCAUACUGCAGACCCAGCAGGCCAAGAUGAGGGAAAUAGUGGAUAAGUACUUUCCCGACAACUGGGUCAUCAGUAUCUACAUGGGGAUCACAGUGAACUUAGUGGAGGCCUGGGAGCCGUACAAAGCUGCCAAGACUGCUCUCAACUACACGCUGGACUCUGCCAACAUCAAAGAGCAGGCCACUCGCUAUGCAGCCAGCAUGGAAAGCCUGAGGCCUCAGGUGCAGCAGCUGCUGAAGGAGGGCUUCCUGAGGGAGGAGAUCAUCCUUGACAACAUUCCCAAACUGCUCAACUGUCUGAGGGACUGCAAUGUUGCUAUUCGCUGGCUGAUGCUGCACUCUGCAGAGUCAGCUUACGACCCAAACAACAAGCGGCUGCGUCAGAUCAAAGAUCAGGUGCUCAACGACUCCAAAUACAACCCCAAGAUCCUGUUCCAGCUGCUGCUUGACACCGCUCAGUUUGAGUUCACGCUCAAAGAGAUGUUCAAGCAGAUGUUGUCGGAGAAGCAGAUCAAAUGGGAGAGCUACAAGAAGGAGGGAUCAGAGAGAAUGACGGAGCUGGCCGAAGUCUUCUCCGGCGUCAAGCCUCUUACCAGGGUGGAGAAAAAUGAAAAUCUGCAGGCCUGGUUCAGGGAAAUCUCAAAGCAGAUCGAGUCUUUAAACUAUGAGGACUCCACGGCGGCGGGGAGAAAGACAGUUCAGCUGAUACAGGCUCUGGUUGAGGUCCAGGAGUUUCACCAGCUGGAGUCCAACCUGCAGGUCUGUCAGUUCCUGGCUGACACCAGGAAGUUUCUUCACCACAUGAUCCGCACCAUCAACAUCAAAGAAGAAGUGCUCAUCACCAUGCAGAUUGUUGGAGACCUCUCCUACGCUUGGCAGAUAAUCGACAGCUUUACAUCCAUUAUGCAGGAGAGCAUCAGAGUGAACCCCUCCAUGGUCACCAAACUCAGAGCUACUUUCCUCAAGUUGGCGUCCGCGCUGGAUCUUCCCUUGCUGCGGAUCAACCAGGCCAACAGUGCUGACCUGCUGAGUGUGUCUCAGUUCUACUCGGGAGAGUUGGUGGCUUAUGUCAGAAAGGUGCUGCAAAUUAUCCCAGAAAGCAUGUUUACCUCUCUGGCAAAAAUCAUUAAACUUCAGAUCCACGACAUCAUGGAAGUGCCAACCCGGCUGGAUAAGGACAAGCUGAAGGACUUCUCCCAGCUGGGCGCUCGCUAUGAAGUGGCGAAACUCACCCACGACAUUUCGAUUUUCACCGAGGGUAUCUUAAUGAUGAAGACCACUCUAGUCGGAAUCAUUAAGGUGGAUCCCAAGCAGCUUCUGGAGGACGGCAUCAGGAAGGAGCUGGUGAAGAGAGUGGCUUAUGCCUUACACAAAGGCCUAAUCUUCAACCCCAAGGCCAAGCCCAGUGAACUGAUGCCAAAGCUCAAAGACAUGGGCGCCACCAUGGACGGCUUCUACAGGUCGUUCGAGUACAUCCAGGACUACGUCAGCAUUUAUGGCCUCAAAAUCUGGCAGGAGGAAGUGUCCCGCAUCAUCAACUACAAUGUGGAACAAGAGUGCAACAGUUUCUUGAGAACCAAGAUCCAGGACUGGCAGAGCGUGCAUCAAUCCACCCACAUCCCCAUUCCCAAGUUCCCCUCUGUGGAUGAGUCCGCCACUUUCAUCGGGCGUCUCUGCAGAGAGAUUCUCCGAAUCACCGACCCCAAGGUGACGUGUUACAUCGACCAGAUGAACACCUGGUACGACCUGAAGAGCCACCAGGAAGUGACCAACAACAGGCUCUUCUCUGAGAUCCAGAACACUCUGGGUACAUUUGGACUAAACGGACUUGACCGCCUGCUCUGCUUCAUGAUUGUCAAGGAGCUCCAGAACUUCUUGACGAUGCUUCAGAAGACCAUCCUGAAAGACAAAGCGGUGGUAGAUGUCUUCAAAACUAUGCUGACUGCUGUCAACCCAGUCCAAGGCAUUGUGGCUAAUGCUAGCAAGGUGUAUGCCAGUGCAGUGGCAAAGUCCCAGAAGAUCUGGGGUCCUUACCUUGAAGCCAUCAUGAAGGUUGGUCAGAUGCAGAUCCUCAGGCAGCAGAUUGCAAAUGAGCUGAACUACUCCUGCAAGUUUGACUCCAAACAUCUGGCUGCAGCCCUGGAAAACCUCAACAAAUCUCUACUGGCAGAUAUUGAGGCCCACUACCAAGACCCAUCCCUGCCCUACCCGAAAGAGGACAACACUCUUCUGUAUGAAAUCACUGCAUACCUGGAGGCUGCUGGCAUUCACAACCCACUCAACAAGAUCUACAUCACCACGAAGCGCCUUCCUUACUUCCCCACCAUCAACUUCCUGUUUAUAAUCGCACAGCUGCCUAAACUUCAGUACAACAAGAACCAAGGAAUGACCUGCAAAAAAGCCACAGACCCAGUUGACUGGCCUCCGCUGGUGCUCGGCAUGCUCACUCUGCUGAAGCAGUUCCACUCCAGAUACACACAGCAGUUCUUGGCUCUCAUUGGUCAGUUCAUCCGCUCUGUUAUGGAGCAAUGCACAAGUCAAAAGAUACCCGACAUGCCUUCUGAUGUGGUGGGAGCUCUGAUGUUCCUUGAAGACUAUGUGAAGUAUACAAAGCUGUCCCGCAAGGUGGCUGAAGCUCAUGUGCCCAGUUUCAUAUUUGAUGAGUUCAGAACCAUUCUGUGAAGAUGUGGAUGUAGCAUUUCAUCAGAGAAUAGCCGCCACCACCCCCCCCCCACAUUUUUUUUUACUCCACGCAUACACACUGUCAAAUUCAGAAAAGGUGUAUUCAUUGUAAUUAAUUGUAGAUUUGUCAUCACUAGUGUCAUUUUUUUCCCAACUAGUCAAAUUUCAGGCUUGUUAAAUUGUGUUUAGACUUCACUAAUUAAUAAAUUGUACAUAUUGUAUAUGUGUUCUAAUUCAGUGCUCUAAUUUGAAUGAUUUUGUUUACUACCAUUCUGUGCCAUUUCUAAAUGAAAUCCAUUAAUA